AUGUCGGACGGACCUCAGAUGGCAGACCCGUCCGCCUCGGACUUGAUGGCCGAGACCUGCAGCGCCUGCUCCUGCAUGUCAGUAGAAAACGUGCUGUAUGCCAACUGCGAGAAGAUCACUGUCUAUCGACCCACGCAGCUCAUCCCGCCGGCCUCCUCCCUAUACCACCUGAACUUCCAGAACAACUUCUUAAUCGUACUGUACCCUAACUCGUUCCUCAACUUCACCCACGCCGUGUCACUGCAGCUGGGGAACAAUAAACUACAGAACAUCGAAGGUGGAGCCUUCAUGGGGAUGAGCGCGUUGAAACAGCUGCACCUGAACAAUAAUGAGUUAAAGGUGCUGCGAGCAGACACUUUCCAAGGGAUAGAAAACUUGGAAUACCUUCAGGCUGAUUACAAUUUGAUAAAAUACAUUGAAAAGGGAGCAUUUAACAAACUGCACAGGUUAAAAGUGCUCAUCCUGAAUGAUAAUCUCAUACAGGCACUUCCUGACAACAUAUUUCGCUUUGCCUCGCUCACACACCUGGAUAUAAGGGGGAACAGGAUCCAGAGGCUUCCUUAUUUGGGGGUUCUGGAGCAUAUUGGGCGCAUUGUAGAGCUGCAGCUGGAUGACAACCCUUGGAAUUGUACCUGUGAUUUAGCACCUCUCAAGGCGUGGCUUGAAAACAUGCCCUAUAAUAUUUUUAUCGGCGAGGCCAUAUGUGAAACACCAAGUGACUUGUACGGAAGGCUCCUGAAAGAAACUAACAAACAAGAGCUUUGUCCCAUGGGAACAGGAAGUGACUUUGAUGUUAGAAUGCCGCCUGCACCGCCUGAUAAUGGGCAGUCACCCUCCAAAAUGUCCCCAACCACUCUGGCUCCCAUGGCCACAAAAGCACCAAAAACCACUGACUCAUCUAAAAUUUACGGUAAUGGUAUUGUGGCUGGUUUACCCCCUUUUGGAAGAAAUAGACAGAUUGUUUCCUUUCAGACACGGACCCCUCCAUUGCUGUGUCCGCAGCCCUGCAGCUGUAAAGCCCACCCCUCUGACUUUGGCAUCAGCGUCAGCUGUCAGGAGAGGAAUAUUAAAAAUUUAGGUGAUCUCCUUCCCAAACCCCAAAAUGCCAAGAAGCUUCACCUGAGUGGAAAUUAUAUCCGUGACAUAAGCCCGGCUGAUUUCCAAGGCUUUGAAGGCUUAGAUUUGCUACAUCUUGGCAGCAAUCAAAUUGUCACGGUCCAAAAAGGUGUGUUUUCUAACCUAACUAACCUGAGAAGGCUGUAUUUGAAUGGAAACCAGCUUGAACAGUUACACCCAGAGAUGUUUUUGGGCCUCACAAACUUACAGUACCUAUAUUUGGAAUACAAUGCCAUAAAAGAAAUCUUAGCGGGUACAUUUGACUCCAUGCCGAACCUACAACUCCUGUAUCUCAACAACAAUGUUCUGCGGAGUCUCCCUGCCUACGUGUUUGCGGGUGUCUCUUUAGCCAGACUGAAUCUAAAAAACAACCACUUCAUGACCCUACCAGUGAGUGGUGUCUUGGACCAGCUGCAAUCAUUGACCCAGAUAGACCUCGAAGGGAACCCGUGGGAGUGUUCCUGCGAUCUUGUUGCCCUCAAACUAUGGCUAGAGAAGCUAAGUGAUGGAGUGGCUGCCAAAGAGGUGAAAUGUGCCUCCCCUGUGCAGUUCUCCAACAUUGAGCUGCGCCUCUUGAAAAAUGAGAUCCUGUGUCCUAAGCUUAUUGCAAGGCCACCGUUUAUUCUCACUAGCGCCACGCCUGUUUUGACCUCACUGUCGCCUGCCGGAGUUGGAAAAGCACCGCCGGGAGGGCCUGUGCCUCUCUCCAUCAUGAUCCUCAGCAUCCUCGUAGUGCUGAUCCUCACUGUGUUCGUGGCCUUCUGCCUGCUAGUCUUUGUCCUGAGGCGGAAUAAAAAACCAGUAGGAAGGCAGGAGGGGCUUGGGAAUCAGGAGUGUGGCUCCAUGUCAUUGCAGCUCCGCCGUCACAGUCACAAAUCGGGCAAAAAAGGCUCCAUCCCGGGAGACGACUUGGGAGGCGAGACGUUCAUCCCCCAGACAAUCGAGCACAUUGGCAAAAGCCACACCUGCGGGAUCGGACGCUCCUCAGACAUGGACGCUGGGUUCAAGUUUGCAGACUCGCAGAGGCAGAAGAUCAUCCUCCGGAACAGCGCCGACAAGGAUAAAGACUCGCUUUCCACCCUGGAGCGCAACAAACGCCUCAGUACCAUCGACGAACUCGAGGAGUUCCUCCCCCACCGAGAGCCCAGCAUGUUCAUCCAGAACUUCCUGGACAGCAAAAGAGAUUUCAACAGUAUAGGGAUGGGCGGGUACGAAAUCCGCUACCCGGAGAAAACGCUGGAUAAAAAGAUGAAGAAGUCGUCGCUGAUAGGCGGGAACCACAGUAAGAUCGUGGUGGAGCAGAGAAAAAGUGAGUAUUACGAGCUAAAAGCCAAGCUCCAAGGAACGCCUGAUUACCUGCAGGUGCUCGAGGAGCAGACUGCGCUGAGUAAAAUGUAGGGAUUGUUGCGUUUGAUUUAGUGCAU